CGCGAUCAGGCAAUGGGAAUCUGUUUCGUCCGGUUACGCUCUCCAAAUCGCCCCUUUUCACAACUGUAAGCAAAAUUACAACAGUCUGUGGUCGGGAAAUAAUGCCACAAAACUCCCGAUCGUGGUCGAUCGAGCUCCCAUUCCACGAUUCGCAGCCGAGACAAGAAGACUCAUUCGAGUAUAUCUCAGUCGACACGACGCCAUCUGCCAUGGACACUUGCGUUCUCCAUCCACCAACCACUCGCGUCCUCAGUGACGCUGUAAUCGGUGGGGUUACGCAGCGUACCAAAAGGAACAAUGGACCGUGGUAUCCUGAACAGGAGCCGAUGAGGCAGUACCCCUACGACUCUCCGCGAUACUACGGCAUGGCGGAUAGUCAACCAUCACCUGUAGACCGGAAGAGGAAGCGUCAGGAACCCACCAGUCCCACUGCGUCGACGCUCAUGCUACUGGCCGAGUCCAGCAGUGACGCAGCCGAGAUCCCCGUACACGACCCACUAGCCGAAGUAGUCAAGCAGGACUGGUUCAUUGAGCAGCAGAAACAAAUUCGGGAGAUCCGUCGGGUCCGUCAGAUCCGAUACCGAAAGAAACAGCAAGACUACAUGGACACUAUGGAAGAGCAUAACCGGUAUCUCCAGCAAGAGAUCGACAAACUGGAACAACGUCGUAAUGCCGUCGCGGCCGCGAUGCCGACUGAAAAGACACUGUGGAACGUGGCGGUAGAGUACUUCCGACUGUUCCGCUACGGUCUCCGCGCCUCGGACCUGUCUGAUCGGUCCCGUGACUCCACUGCUAGUGCGCAACUGGAUUUCCUGCGAUCAACGAUGGCUCCUGACGUCAUGUACAACGCUGGACGUGGAGUAGAAGCGAUCAUGAGGAACUGGACCUACUUCUCGCUCUGGUUCCAGGACGUCGAGGUCGAACUCGAUGGAUUACAGAAGAGCGUAGCGGACUCGCUUAUAGCUCGAACGACCACGACGUUCACCAUUACAGAGCGCACACUGAUUAAGGUGUUUCCGCACUUGUGCGGUAACGACGCUGACGCAACAGGACGCAAACUUGCAGCCAAGCUUUUGGGUCAGACGAUCUCUAUUCGUGGCUCUACGCGGUUUGACUGGGAUAGCGGAUACGGCCGCGUAACGAGUGUGAUCAGCGAAUCGGACAUGUUGACCCCGAUGCUGCAAGUUCUAGGGAGCUUGGAGCACGUGUCUCUGGUGUUUGAAAAGUCUUUGAUUUCGCUCACGCCUUACCGGGGCCAGUCUCGAGAAACUUCUAGAAAGUAGAUGUCGGUAACAUAGUAAUGUAAGGCGAUAGGUGCAUUUUCUGAUGACAAUACACUCGUACAGACAGCAAUUUCAACCCU